UUGCAAGAAGGGGUAGUCGCGCGCGUCAUCUGUCAGGUGCGUACGUUGACAAGUUUACAGCAGUCGUGCUGUUCGAAUCAAACUGAUUUGAGCGCUUGUACAGUAGCUAUUAUAAGAAAGCGAAUAGGCUACUUUAAGUUACAAUAUGGAAGUUUACAAAUACCCCGUUUUCUUCGAGGUUCACAGUCUGGAUCCAGCACAGAAAAAGAAGAUAGAAAAGUACUUUCAGGUUCGCCGUAAAUCUGGUGGUGGAGACUGCGGACCGAUAGACAAAGUUGGUGACAACGUUUACAAGAUCGCAUUUAUUGACCGGACAGUCCAGGAGAGGGUACUUCAGAAAGCUCAUCAUGUGUUGGAGAUGCCUGGAGGAACUCUCUCCCUCACUCUGAGAGACAGCCUGGAGCCUCCACCCACAACAACUUCCCCAGUCAGCAGUCAGGAGAGUCACCAGUCCCUUCCAUUCCAUCCCUCCCUCCCUGUCCAGACAUCGCCACCUGGUGUCCUAGAGCAUGAACUCCCUCUAGACUCCUACCUCCUGCGAUACCUGAUGGAGAGCCCUGGGGCUGGAAAAGACCUGCAACAGCAGCUGACCUCUCUGGGCUGCUCUGUCCACCUCUAUCCAGAGGAUGGGAGGGCAGUGGUCAGAGGCUCAGGUCAAGCUGAGUCAUGUGGAGAUGGGGUUGGGGUGGGACCAUGGAAGGCACAGGUAGAGAGACUGUUCAAACAGCUCCAGGAGCAGUACAAAUGCCACUGUGAGGUAGACCCACGUAAGCUCCAGACUCUGCUGCAGAGCAGUACCCUGGGUUCGGAGGAUGUGAGGGUUUACUGCGAGGCAGGGGAAGGGUUUGCGGUGGUGGUUGGGGAGGGGCCCGAGGUCCAGGCCAAGCUGAAGGAGCUGGAGGCCUUCCAGGCUCAGGGUCUGAGCUCCGUGCAGCAGGAGAAGAUCAGCACCACCUGUCAACUUGGACAGUCCAAGCUCCGUCUUCUAGGCGAAAGUGAUAGAGAAGGAUCUAGGUGA